GCCGAGGAGCUUCCCUUGAUCUCUUCCACAUUGCAAUAUUGUCUUUUCUUCUUUAUGUCAUCAAAAGCAUAGUCAAAACUCAAAAGCCAGCAUUCGUAGUUGCAACACACAAAGAGUGUGUGCAGUGAGAUAGAGAUAGAGAGAGAGAGAGAGAAAGAGUAGUGAUUAGUGAUGGGUGGUUGUGAAGUAGAGUUUGAAGAAGAUGAGUGCAAGGUUCCAAGGCUACCCUUGCUGAACCCUCCAACAAUGCACUCUCCAGAGAGAUCAGGGAUGCAAACUCCUCCACUUUUCACCUCAGCCUCAGUCCCAUUUGGUUGGGAAGAGGAGCCAGGGAAGCCAAGGCCAUGCACUGCCCUUGUGCCCUUCUCCAACCCUACUACUCCCAAGUCCUUGGAACUCCCUCCAAGGUUGCUGCUACAUUCCUCACCCACCACUGUCUUGGAGGGACCCUACCCCACCAACACUUGCCACUCCCCAUCUUUCAGAAUCACUGAGGACUUGUAUGGCUCUCAAAGAGGGCAACUUGGCAACAUGGUCCUCAACCAAGUGGAGAAGGAGAAAGGCUUGUUUGGUUCUUGGAGGGAAAAGGCUUUGAAAAGAGAAGCCACUGGGGGUAGUCAUGUCUUUCCAUCUUCUCUUGACAAGGAUCCUGAUGAUCAUGUUGCCAGCGUUUUAGGCACUACCAAGAGGGUGAGGAGUAUGAGAAAGAGGGACCGCUCUGCCAGAUUUACUAACCCCUUCCAUGCCGAGUCUAGUGUUUGGACAAAGAUGUAUGAGGGGUUGAAGCGGGUGGUUUCAUUGAGGAGUAAAAAAGUGAAGAAAUAUGGAUGUGGGUGGCCUUAGGCUUGUGUUCUGGGACCUUCGGUUUGGUAUGGUCAAAAUUGAUUAUGAUGUUAUAUUGGAUACCUUUCACUGCCAUAUCAUGUACUGUUUUUAUCUUUCUCUUGUAUUUGUGCAAAUCAGAGUCACAGGUGGCAUUCAGAACCUGUUUCAUCUUUUGCUAUUAUACCACUGUAACUUUGGAUUGCUUCCAUGCUGUUCAAACUUUAUGUUAUUGUCAUAGGACAAUCAAUAUGUACAAAUUUUCAAACCUUCAUUAUAUGUUAUCUUAAUGGAAUCUAGCAGGAGUGAUAUCUAUUCAAUGCUAA